AUGGGUGUUAUGCAUUCACUUCCUGCUUCCAACUACCGUCCCUCCAGGUGCCCGGGCAACCCCUUCUUCCAGCGCUUCCCCCAACUGUGGUCAGGGGCAACUGCAUGGACUUCAAAUGAUUCCUCGACGACCAUGAUUUCCGGCCGGGAAGACGAGGAUGAGGAAGAGGCGGCGGCGGCGGAGGAGGAGGAGGAGGAGGAGACGAGUUUGGGCGCGAUGAAGGAAAUGAUGUACCGGAUCGCGGCGAUGCAGCCGGUGGACAUCGACCCGGCCACCAUCAGGAAGCCGAGUCGCCGCAACGUGCGCAUCAGCGACGACCCGCAGAGCGUGGCGGCGCGGAUCCGGCGGGAGCGCAUCAGCGAGCGGAUCCGCAUCCUGCAGCACCUCGUCCCUGGCGGCACCAAGAUGGACACCGCCUCCAUGCUCGACGAGGCCAUUCGCUACGUCAAGUUUCUCAAACGACAGGUCCAUCGUCUGCAGUCUUUUAGUAGCAAUAACCAACCUCCGCCGUCUCCGUUCGCCGGCGCCGCUGCUUCGUCCUCCGCCAUGGCAGUGCCUCCUCCUCCUCCCGGGUUAUGCUUUGGCUUUCGUGAUUCCACGCACUAA